AUGUCGGUGUCUUUUCUCGAACCAAAUAUUGAAAAGCUCCGCAAACAGCUCCAGCACCAACAACAACAUCAACCUUCUGAUUCUUCAAGUGCAAUCAUUGACUCAACCGGAUCUCCAGAAUAUUCAUCUCCAAAUGUAGACCCCCUAAUUACUACCACAGCUACCCUUACUGCUGUACCCGCAACCCCAGCUUCUUCCUCUUCUUCCUCUUCUUCAACACCUAUUCCUCCAGCCACAUCGGCCUCGGCUGCACUAGCUACUCCCGUCGCAUCCGUCGGGUCUAUGCUAGACUCUACCACCGUCGAAUCAAAUCCUCCCGGCCAACUUCCUUCAACUUCCACAACAGUCCCACCUCUUCCUCAACAACCUCCUACUCCAAAUCCUAAAGUUUCUCGUCAAUCCACCUAUGAACGAACUCUUUCUAAUACAGCAUCCAAUUCCCUUUUAUUUCGCCGUCGCUCAGAAGACACAGAAAUGCACUCCCCAGAUGGUGCCGGAGCAGGCCUUGACCGGUCACGCAACUCAUCCCGUCGUCGCAUCUCGGCUGCAAAUAGCCGUUCCAGUAGCAUGUCGCGCGCAAAUAGCUCGGACCCCUCACGCAAGCUCAGCAAAACGUGGUCCAAUUCCAGCCGCAGGUCAUCAUCCAAAAACAGUCCCUCGGGGGUUUCUGACGAAACUAAAGCCGCAGCUGCUGUUGCAGAUGAAAGUGCAAUUGAAGAUGAUGAUGAUGAUGGCGACGAAACGGACGAGGAUAGAGAAGAAGAGGCUUUAGAAGACACUCCAUUUUUUAGAAGAGUUGCCUUUGAUACCAUCAAUGUCGAAUAUUAUAAUCCUCCACAAUCGUACAACUGGUUUUCUAGACCUUCGUUCUCAACCGCCUUGAUGGCUGCAGCCGCAGCACAUGGCUCCACUUCCAAUUCUGCUAAUGGGGAUGCGCCUGCAGACGAGCAACAAUUACAGUCUUUUUCUCUAUCUUCUAAACAUGAGGAUUUUCAAGAAACUUAUGGUUCUCGCACGUUUUUAUGUGCUCUUUCUUCGGUGUCUGCAUCCCGUAAAGCCCUUCAGUGGCUAGUAGACCACCUGAUGGAGGAUGGUGACGAGUUGCUUUGCCUCAAGGUUGAAAAGGAGUCCAAUCCCAAAGAUCCGGAAACCUUUUACCGCACACAUGCCGAAGAACUCCUGACUUCUAUUGUCCACACGGUGGUUGACUCUAGUGUCAAGAAAAUUAAUGUCAUUGUGGAACUAUCUGUUGGUAGUGUUAAGCAUAUUGUGCGCCAAGCAAUGUUGCUUUACCAGCCAGCAAUUGUGGUUGUGGGCACUUCCAUCAAGCAGUACCAUAAUGUCAUGCGCUACGUUUCUAAAAAGAAUACACUGUCCAACUUUUUAAUUAACCACUCGCCUGUGCCGGUCAUUGUGCUUGUGCAGGAAAUGCUUGAUAAGAAUCCACAUUUGGUCGAGACUCCCAUUGUUCGGUUGGGUGAAUUGAGUCCGUUGUUUGAAACAACAUUUAAUGAGCAAAAGAAGAGAAAGGCAGCUGCAAUGGAAUCCGCAGCAGCAGCAGCCACAGCAACAGCAACUGGAGAAACAGGUGCAGCAAAAGCAACCUCUACAACUACUGUGAAAGCUCCUGAAGCCACCCCUCUUUUGACUGUGACUACAACAAAUGAAGAAACAGUUGGGGUUGAAAUCAAAUCCCCAGAGAAGGAUACUUGUCAAGCCCCAGUAAUCACCAUCACUGGCGAAGGUGAAAAGGAGAUUGAUGAUAAGGCUGGUGAUGUAGAAGAAGACACAGUGAUUGGAUUUGGGCUGCGGAGGCGCAGCAGUGCUAACACAACUCUUGGCGAUUAUAACUUCAUGACGUAUCUAACGUCAAGACCCGACAUUAACGUUAACGAGUUUAUUGACGAUGAGAAGGAUAUGCGUCAGAACUACAAAUCAUUGUUUGAUGAUGAUAAUAAUAAUAAAAAUAAAGUUUCAACCGAACAAGCUCAAUCUAAGGAAAUGACAAACGGCGUUAGUAUGAGCGGCACCAAUACUACUGUUUCGGAAACAUAUAGCAUGAAGGUGACUCCGCGCAAAAAUGGAUCUAGCAAUGGUGAUAAUGAUGAUGAUGAUAAUAGUGAUCAAGAAGCACCUGAAGGAUAUGAUCCUGUUGUUCCAAUUGUGUCGGACAAUAGAUCUCGGAUACGGUCCCGCAGUGGCCAUUCUUUGUCACGGUCUAUUUCCAACACAUUGUCUUUAUCUCGUGGAGGAAGCCCUGGUAGUGGUAUAGGACAUGGGUUAUUGUCAGUUCCUUCUAAUACGAGUAGUAAGGAUAGGAGUGGUAGUAGGGAGAGAGAUGGAGAUAAGUUGAAGAAGAAGAAGUCGUUUUUGAGUUUUAUGCGGCGCCGGUCGUCUGCGGAUGAGUGA